AGAAGCAGGCGGGGGAGCGCGAGCCAGCAGCGGAGAGAAGACCCGGUAGAGCGCGAGGAGGGAGAGAGAGAGAGUGAGUGAGUGAGUGAGAGAGAUCAAGAGUGAACGAGAGGAGAGAGAGCGACGACCAUCAGGGUCCGUGUGCCUGAGGGACGGACGACACGGAGAGGGGGAAGACUGAACGAACGAUUGAUUGUCCAACCAACCGACCAACAGACUGACAGUCAGACAGACUGAAUGAAGCUGCACCUGGUGCUUCUGAAGACUUUUCCCAUGUUUUGAUUUGCUACGGUUUUCUUUUUUUGAACUUUACAAACGUGGUUUCAACCGAGCCGCUUCCCGUCAUGCCGUCCAACAGUCCUGCUGCCGCCGAGCCGCCCCAGACUCCAGAGAACAACGCCGUCAAUGAUGUGAGUGAAGAUGGAGCAGACCAGGACAGUCCAGAGGAGGGGACGCCAGCGAGCCCCCGCAACAAGCGCAGAGUGGGUCGUCCUGGCAGGAAACGCAAACAGCUGCUUCCUGAGAUGGCGACCUCUGACCCCUGUGUAAACGCCCCCCCAACCCCGCCUGAGGAGCCGGAGCCCUCCCCCUCCCCUCGCAAGAAGCGCGGGCGUCGGAAACUCAAGCAAACCGUGAAGAAUAAGGACAAGCCAGACGACAGAAACUGCGACUCCCCCAGAGAGACACAAAAGGGUGAGACCGGGAGGCUGCGGAGGAGGCCGGUCCCCAGAGUGACUUUCCAGGCUGGAGAUCCAUAUUACAUCAGCAGGAGACAGAGAGAAGAAUGGCUGAGCCGCUGGAAGAUGGAGGCAGAGCGACGGGCGUACAGAGAGGCAGAGAUGAGCAUGAUGGACGACCUAUCAGAGGGCGACUUCCACAAAGAGGAGGAGCCUGCCAGCCCAGCCCCUCCCCCUUCACAACAACACACAGACCCUGCCUCCCCGACGGUCGCCAUGACACCUGAGCCUGUCGCUAGAGGAGAACAGGCUACACCCAGUGAGGUAGAGAAUCAGGACGGCCGAGGUUUUGGCAUCGGCACGCUGGUGUUCGGGAAGCUGCGCGGCUUCUCCUGGUGGCCCGGCAGGAUCGUCUCCUGGUGGAUGAGCGGCCGGAGUCGAGCUGCAGAAGGGACCCGCUGGGUGAUGUGGUUCGGUGAUGGCAAGUUUUCUGUGGUUUGCGUGGAGAAGCUGAUGCCUCUGAGCUCUUUCUCGUCUGCCUUCCACCAGCCCACCUACAACAAACAGUCCAUGUACCGGAAGGCCAUCUUCGAGGCUCUGCAGGUGGCCAGUGGUCGGGCGGGGAAGCCAUUUACUUCCAGCGAUACGAGUGAUGAAGCCGAGGGAGUCGAUAUUCAAACCAGGCAGAUGAUCGAGUGGGCAAUGACCGGCUUCCUACCUAGUGGUCCACAAUCACUGGACCCUCCAGAGGGCGAAAAAAAUUCAUAUAAAGAAAUGUACCCAGAGAUGUGGGCAGAACCCGAGGCAGCGUACACGCCUCCACCUGCAAAGAAACCACGAAAGAACUCAACCGAAAAAGCAAAGAUCAGAGAGGUGAUCGACGAAGGGACCAGAGAGAGACUCAUAUACGAGAUCAAAAAGAAGAUCAGGAACAUAGAUGAUAUCUGCAUCUCCUGUGGAAGCCUCAACGUCUCUCUGGAGCAUCCUCUCUUCGGAGGAGCGAUGUGCCAGGGCUGCAAAAACUCGUUCCUCGAGUGUGCGUACCAGUAUGACGACGACGGCUACCAGUCCUACUGCACCAUCUGCUGUGGAGGCAGGGAAGUGCUCAUGUGUGGAAACAACAACUGCUGUAGGUGUUUCUGUGUGGAAUGUGUGGAUCUGCUGGUCGGAGCCGGUUCGGCAGCAGCAGCCAUCGAAGAAGACCCCUGGAACUGUUACAUGUGUGGCCCUCGGAGCGCCUACGGGUUACUGCGGCGGAGAGACGACUGGCCCAGUAGACUACAGCACUUCUUCGCCAACAACCAUGAACAGGAAUUUGAGCCAGCCAAGUUGUAUCCUCCAGUCGCAGCAGAGAAGAGGAAACCAAUCAGAGUUCUCUCGCUGUUUGACGGCAUUGCCACAGGUCUGUUAGUGCUGAAGGAUUUGGGCAUCCAAGUUGACAAGUACGUGGCGUCUGAGGUGUGCGAGGACUCAAUCACUGUCGGCUUGGUUCGACACCAGGGUCGCAUCAUGUAUGUGGGCGACGUUCGCAACAUAACACACAAACAUAUUGAAGAGUGGGGACCAUUCGACCUGGUUAUCGGAGGAAGCCCCUGCAACGACCUCUCAAUAGUCAAUCCUGCAAGAAAAGGCCUCUUUGAGGGAACAGGCCGCUUGUUCUUUGAGUUUUACCGCCUGCUGCAUGAGGCUCGACCAAAGCUGGGCGACGAGCGACCGUUCUUCUGGCUGUUUGAGAACGUGGUCGCUAUGGGAGUUAGUGACAAACGGGAUAUCUCCCGCUUUCUAGAGUGUAACCCCGUCAUGAUCGAUGCCAAGGAGGUGUCUGCUGCCCACCGCGCUCGAUAUUUCUGGGGAAACCUGCCCGGCAUGUCCAGACCUCUGUCACCCAUGGCGAACGACAAACUGGACCUACAAGAGUGUCUAGAGCAUGGACGCACAGCAAAGUUUGAGAAGUUGCGUACGAUAACGACACGCUCCAACUCUGUGAAGCAGGGGAAAGACGAGCAUUUCCCCGUCUACAUGGAUAACAAGGAGGACAUCCUGUGGUGUACCGAGAUGGAGAGUACGGUGGCCAAACCUGGACAAACAAACCGUCUUCACUUGUCUUUAUUAGGCAACAUUUGGGUGUUUGGUUUCCCCGUCCACUACACCGACGUGUCCAACAUGAGUCGUCUGGCUCGGCAAAGGCUGCUGGGACGUUCCUGGAGCGUCCCCGUCAUCAGGCACCUCUUCGCCCCGCUCAAGGAGUACUUCGCCUGCUACUAGUCACACACACACACACACACACACCCACACACAUACAACCAACCAUCUGUCUCUUUAACACACACACACACACACACACACACACACACAUAUACUGUACACAUGAACAGUUAGUAAUGACAGUGAGUACAUGAAGGUUGGCUGACGCAGGUUGACAAAGACGACCGGACACACACACACAUUUUGAAGAUACAAACACACACUCUGUAUAGGACUGCUUUCCCGUGACCCCAUGUAGACCACUGGCUGACCUUAGUCCCCUGGUGCUACCUUGCAGAUGUCCAAACAUACAAACACAGGCACUCACACUGGUGCAGAUCUCUGUACUGUAUUUCUUCACACGCAAUCUUCCUGUCCUAUCUUGAAACUGAUGUCUUCUGCAGCUGGAAUCUCAAAACCUCCAGAAGCCCCAGGCUUUCUGUUCUCAACAACAUCCAAACACAACUACACACCAAUGAAUCUCUUAAGAAGUGCAAAACCAACUCUAACACUUUACUGUUUUCAUGUGUAGUGACAGUGCUCAUAGUGUUAAACUGUGCAAUUAACACAAAUAUACAAACACCCACACACUAGUUUAACGUUCAUGGUGCUGGUCAGGCAGUGACAGAGUCCAAAUGGUGCAACUUUAAUACAACACUUUAUCAGAUUUUGGUGCUCUUUUGGACGGGACUGACUCUGGAUGCUAACUGAGUGAAACCAAAUGCUGAUGAGCAGGUGGAGGAAACACCAGGCAUACGAGGCAGGGGAGUGUGAAACCAUAACAUCUAUUAAUUCAUCAAGUAAAGAUGGAAUCAUGAGACAGAUUUUUUUCUUUUAAUUAUAUUUUUGGCCUUUUUGCCUUUAUUUGAUAGGACAGCUGAAGAGAGACAGGAAAUAUAGGGAGUAGAGAGCAUGGGGAGACAUGCAGGAAAUGGUCGACCAUCCAGGAAUCGAGUCGGAAACCCCUGCGACGAGGACUGUAGCCUCUGUAUGUGGGACGCUCAGACCACUAGGCCACCAGUGCCCCGAUGAGACUCAAUUAUUGAUGGGACUACAGCAGAAUCAGUUUCUUAAAAGCUGCUCUGGAGGUCAAAGAGUUUUUAGUAAACCAAAGAAAACCUUUUUUUUUUUUUUUUUUGCGGGACAGUGCGACCAAAAAAAUCUUCAUCAACCUGAAAUAAUGAAAAACUGCGUUUUAAUUUUGGGGGGAAGUCCUCAGCAGUUUAGGAUUACUAACUCCUUCAUGUUAUAACCAGUAUCCUCAUAGAGCUCCUUCCUAAAGAAUCUCCAAUGAGUAACGUUAUGACGCUUAUUUUCCCCCCAAGGUGUUAGCAAAGUCAAAUGGGUCAAUUGUCUUUUUCUUUUUUUUCUUUUUUUUUCUUUUCCAUAUGUUUUUAUUUAAUUUUUGCAGACAGUACAAAAUGAUGUCACGCAAGAGUGAGAAUAAAUCAGAGUAUACGAAAAACACAAUUAAACAGAAAAACAAGACAAUAGAAAAAUAAAUCCCCAUUACCCUACCAACCCUCACCCUCCCAGCUUCCUAAGGCAGUUGUCCAUUAGCAACCGUCUUAUUAUAGACACUAGUAGACAAUACAAGUAGACAAAGAACAUACAUAAGUAUAAGUACAUACAGUUCAAGAAUGGCUCAAUUUUCUUGCGCUCAUACCCAAAAUCAAACCAGAAAUAACAUUUGCAUCCUGAAAACCAUAAAAAUAAUACAUUUUUAAAACAUCUAUAGUUUUAAAAGAUGUUUAGAUAAAAAGCUUCCACUAAUUAAGUUCCCAUAUUCAUCAUAUGACAAGAUUUAAGUGCUCAAAAUGUAUCAAAUUGAUCAAAUAAAUUUAGAAUAAGACACAUUUUUUAACCUGAUUUAACAGAAAGUAUGGCUCAAGCUGUAUAACUGCAUUGUGCCAUAAGGAAAUAAUGUUCCCAGUAAUAUCAGGUUCAGGAUCAUAAUAAAAAGUCUUGUCAUUGUCUGUAUACUCAGUGUGCAGAGCGCUCUCUGGUGGCCACAAACACUACUGUGUUUGGCACAUUUUACACACCAGCAUGGCUUAAUGUGCUUAAAAGACUGAUGAAUAAGAACACAGCAGAGGAACAACUUCACUCUAAGUAAUCUAGUUAAGGAGAUACUCUGUUAUAAGGAAGGCUACAACUAUUAAAACACAACUAAAGUUAAAGCAACUAAAGAUCAGAUUAAAAAAGUGAACUUGGGAAUACUGUUUCAGUCUUUGCUGUGUGUAGGAUGCAGGUUAGAAUAGAGCUCAGAUGUAAUAGCUGUCACCAUCAGGAGCUUGUCUAAUAUCAUCUGGGAGAUUAUUGCAGCUUUGUGUUGCGUGAUAAAACAAAGCUGUUUCACGGCGCUCUGUCCUAAACGGCUCAGAGAGAGGGCGCAACAAGGACACACGCUCAUGUUCGGGUAAAACAAUCCUUUUUUGCCUGCUGAGUUGUCACUGGAUUAAAAGAUAUCCUACAAAAAGACUGAAUAAGGAAUUUUUUUCUACUAAAAACCCUUCCACAUAUACAAUCUAGAGCUUAAACUCAAAAAACAUGAAGUUAUGUAAUCAUUUCUGCGUGGAUUUUAGGAAAGACCGUGAUGUUCUAAAUCUAAAUAAAGAAAGUAAACUGUGAGUCCCUUUAUGUCACUUAAAAGCUGCAGUCAAAAAUGACACUUAACAUCUGAAUACAAUCAAGAAAUCUGGUGCUAAAAUGAGCUUGGGGUAAAUUAGCCACAGAUAAGACAUCCUAAAUCUGAACCAAAAAUACUUACUAACAUCAUUUCUGUAGGUUGGAAGUGAAAGAUGUCACUGUUUGAAGCCUGAAGUCGGCUUUAUUGUGAUUCACUUUCAGCUCACAAAAACUGAUUAGGACCUAACAAGGUGUCUUCCAGAAAUACACACAGACUAGUUAAUUGUUUAUUAUAACCAAUCAUGGAUCGUUUUUUAAUCCUGUCAUGCUCUUUCUCUAGAGCUGCCAACCAUACAGUAGAUGCUAGCCAAUGUAUAAAGUUUGCUAUCCAUUCAAAGUUAUAGGAAAUUGCAACCUCAUUUUAUACACUCAUGUUAUCCCAUAUAUCUUCUGGAUUAACUGUCAAAAUCUUAGUUUUACACUGACAAAUAGUGAAACAGUUUUAUCUGAUUGGUUUUUAUCAUCUUCUUCUUCAAAACUACAUUUUCUUUUACCUUUUUCUCUCUCUACUUUUCUCAUUUUGGGGAUUUUUGCCUUUAUUUGCUUGAGAGAGUCAGGAAAAGUGUGCAAAGAGGACUGUAGCCUCUGUAGCGCCAGUUUCUGACCUUUUAAAACAGAGAGAGAGGGAGUAUAUUUUUAUCCUAAUCUGGAGACGUAUAAAAGGCUCUUGUCCCCUGAAAUUAGCUCUUGAUUGUGUUUUUCACUUUAUCCGGUGAGAUUGCUUUUUCCUCCAGAGCAGCGCUGCCUAUAAAAAAUCAUUAAUGGACUUUUCAGGAAUUCUGUUUUUUUUGCCAAAAGCAGCUUUUAAAUGAAAAGAGUGUCAGUGGGGAAUUACGCCUGAGUGUUUUGAGUCACUGUACAGCUUCUCUUGUUCCUACACUUUAAGAGAGUUUUUAUUUUAAUCUGGUGCAGAAAUGAUCAUGAUGAGAUCAGGACUAAUGCAGUUAUACUCCACCUUUAUGUCAGGGAUCCAAAAUCUCCUCCAGUUAUUGCUGCAGCAUCCAACUCUGUCUUUUGCGACUACAUAGCUUCAUAAGGAUAAUAUCCCAGAGUUAUUCUUCUAUUCUUCUAAGUUGCAAUCUCCUGCUCCUGUGGACACUAUGCUGGUUAUCUACUCCGUGCAGUAAAUCCAUAUAGCCCUUUAUUAAUAACUGACUUAAACAGAUACAGUCCUACAACCAGGCUUUGGUGUUUCUUCUACCUUUUGGCCCGAUGCAUGCUGGGAUAAACUCAGCCGCUCUUUCACUUCGAGAGAGAGAAAAGCAAAGGAAGAAAAUGUCAUCCAAUAAGAUGUUUCUGAGACUCUGAUACUCACAGACACUGUUAGACAGGGCUGUAUUUAGAGAAAAACAUCUCUGGUGCUUUUGGCCCUCAGGCGGCCAUCUUUUUCCAGGAAGCCUUCCGUUACACUGACCUUCCUCAGAUACCAGCUGACGACUGGACACAUGCACACACACACACCCACACACAAAUUCAAAGACAUAAACAUGCACAAACAUUUACAAUAAACAACAAUAAACCAGCAGGUUCAAA